AUGUACAAGGGACGCCCGGAGGCCUCCAUCAACGGCGGUCUAGCCGUGGCGGUGCCUCUUGAGCUGCACGGCAUGUGGCUGGCGCACCAGCGGCAUGGCCGGCUGCCCUGGAAGCGUCUGUUUCAGCCCGCCAUCGCGCUGGCAGAGGGCGGCUUUCCGGCGCACCCCUACCUGGUGGCUUCACUGAGCGGUGAAAACCAGACGGCGGCGCUGUUGCAAUGGCCCGCGAUACGGGACACCUUCUUGAAGAAAGACGGCGGCAAGUGGCGGGCACCACGGGUGAAUGAGACGUGCUGCAAGCGGCCCAAGCUGGCAGAGCUGCUCACAGCUGUUGCCGAAGACGGGCCCCAAGUGCUGUACACAGGGCGGUACGCCAAGCCGCUUGUGCGGGACAUCCAGGCGGCAGGCGGCAUCAUCACAGCAGCAGACCUGGCGUCAGCAGCAGCAAUAGUGCGCUCUCCCAUCAGGCAGCGGGUGUGGGGUCUGGACUGGAUUGCCUCCCCCCCUCCCAGCAGCGCGGUCACGGUGCUGGCAGCCCUGCAGAUACUGGCAGGGUUUGAGCAGCCCCUGGCGGGCAGCGGCAGCCUGGGUGUGCACCGGACAGUGGAGGCGCUGAAGCACGCCUUUGCGCUGCGCAUGAGCCUGGGCGACCCAGGGCCCGACGCCGAGAACCCCUUUGUCAACCUCACUGCCAUUCUUUCCGCGCUUCACGACUCAGAUUUCAUGUCAUCUCUUCGCACCGACAUCCGUGACAAUGCUCUGCCCCUCGCACACUACGGCGGGCGCUUCAAUGUGACAGCUGCUGGCCUGCACCCCGAGGACCACGGCACCUCACACAUAGCCGUGGUGGACGCCGACAGGAUGGCUGUGUCGAUGACCACCACAGUCAACACCGGAUUUGGCAGCAAGGUUCUGUCCGCAUCCACAGGCAUGUGA